AUGCGUUUUUUGUAUAACUACUUUUUAAUGUCCAUACCGAGCCUUUCGGCUAUGACAGACCCCGAAUCAUGGGCCACAGCCCCUAUCCAGUCUCUGAACUCAUCUUUGACCAUUCUAGACAUUUUCCUCGCCCCAAACCACCUUACUGUGCAGGGCCUUUGGGCAUUAAGUAUGCCCUCCUUGGUGUUAUCACCGUAUGGGUGUUACCUGCCUGCUACAGGCCACCCCCCCUGUUAUCCCUCCCCUUCUCGUUCUGCCUCUUCCAGGACCUCCAGCCCCCAUUCAUCAUCCUUAUGGGCCCUAUUUACUGCCCGUGCCUGGUCCCACCGUGGGCAACCUAUGGCAGUGUCUGCUAGGAACUGUAGCAGGGCUCAUGAGGCUUUAGGGUUCCCAAACAGCCUUCCUUCUGGAUACUUCCCGAACGAAGACAUCCAUAGGGCCAGAGACGUCGACCCGGACACGUUCAUGUCCCUAGAUGAAUUCUCCCGCUUUCGCGAAUUUGUCAGCGAGGAUCUGCACAGCCUCUACCUGUCGCUUAUGAGCACGCCGCCGCCAGAGGACAUUCAUCUAACGCGGGAGGUGCGGCACGCCCUGGACCAGCUCAAAUUGACGACAGGCAAGAUCGGCACCGCAAAGAAGAUGAUGACUAGCACGACGAAGUGGGUUUUGCAGAUGUACGCGGGGGAAAUGUUCGAGCGAUGCGGCGGGCUGAGUCUCGUCGAGAAGAGGUACUUGCCCACGGGGGUGUUGGCCAUGAUGCGCGGGAAGAAGGUUACGUGGCAGAUGGUUCUGUAA